AUGGGUGUCCAAGAUUCUCUUUCUCUCGGCGGAAGACGAGCUGCUGCUCUCUCCCUUGAUGUCGACUCCAACCCCCCAAGCCCACAUGCCAAGGGAACCAUCCAAACCGGCAAGCUCCCUGGCACUCGAUGCCCCACCUGCGCUCAGGAGGGCAAAGAGGUCUGGGUGGUUCCAGGCCUCAACUGUGCUCAUUGCGGAACCGCUUGUGACUGA